AUGGAAUCUUCAAAGUUGUUAACUUUGUUGCGAGAAUGUACCAAAGCCAAGUCUUUAAGACAAGCCAAGCUUGUUCACCAGAGAAUACUCACGGUUGGGUUACGUAACGACGUCGUUUUAUGCAAAAGUCUAAUCAAUGUCUACUUCGCUUGUAAAGACCAUUGCUCAGCGAGACUCGUCUUCGAGAACAUUGAUGUUCGGUCGGAUGUUUACAUCUGGAACUCGCUUGUGUCUGGUUAUUCAAAGAACUCGAUGUUUCAUGACGUUCUUGAGGUUUUCAAGAGAUUACUGAAUUGCCCAAUUUGCGUUCCUGAUUCGUUUACUUACCCGAAUGUGAUUAAGGCUUAUGGUGCGUUGGGUAGAGAGUUUUGUGGUAGAAUGAUUCAUACCCUUGUGUUGAAGAGUGGGCAUGUUUGUGAUGUGGUUGUAGGAAGCUCUUUGGUUAGUAUGUAUGCAAAGUUUAACUUGUUUGAGAAUUCAGUACAAGUGUUCGAUGAAAUGCCUGAGAGAGAUGUUGCGUCUUGGAACACGGUUAUUUCGUGUUUUUAUCAAAACGGGGAGGCAGAUAAGGCUUUGGAGUUGUUUGGAAGGAUGGAAAGUUUUGGCUUUGAGCCCAACUCUGUUUCGUUGACGGUAGCUAUAUCGGCGUGCUCGAGGAUGUUGUGUUUGGAGAGAGGGAAGGAGAUUCAUAGGAAAUAUGUGAAGCAUGGGUUUGAGUUAGAUGAGUAUGUAAACUCUGCUCUUGUAGAUAUGUAUGGGAAAUGUAACUGUUUGGAGAUGGCUAAAGAGGUUUUUCAGAAAAUGUCUAGAAAGAGUUUGGUUGCUUGGAAUUCUAUGAUUAGAGGUUAUGUCUCUAAAGGAGAUAGUGAGUCAUGUGUUGAGCUUUUGAAUAGAAUGAUUAUAGACGGGACUCGACCGAGUCAGACAACCUUGACUAGUAUUCUAAUGGCUUGCUCUCACUCACGGAAUCUUCAUGACGGUAAAUUUGUACACUGUUAUGUGAUUAGGAGUGUUGUAGAUGCAGAUAUAUAUUUAAAUUGUUCUCUGAUUGAUCUCUACUUCAAGUGUGGUGAAGUAAAGUUGGCUGAAGCCGUUUUUUCAAAGACACAGAAGGACGUUGUUGAGUCAUGGAAUGUUAUGGUCUCUGGUUAUGUUAGUGUGGGUAAUUGGUUUAAGGCUGUUGAAGUUUAUGACGAAAUGGUGAGUAUUGGAGUGAAGCCAGAUGUAGUAACUUUCACAAGUGUUUUACAUGCUUGUUCGCAAUUGGCUGCGUUAGAGAAAGGUAAACGGAUUCAUUUGUCCAUUAGCGAGAGCGGGGUUGAAACAGACGAGUUGCUGAUGAGUGCACUUCUUGAUAUGUAUUCUAAAUGCGGUGAGGUGAAAGAGGCUUCUAGAAUCUUUAACAGUAUACCAAAGAGGGAUGUUGUUUCAUGGACUGUAAUGAUCUCUGCGUACGGAUGUCAUGGUCAACCGAGAGAAGCACUUUACUAUUUUGAUGAAAUGCAGAAGUUUGGUGUAAAACCUGAUGGGGUUACUUAUCUUGCUGUGUUGUCAGCUUGUGGUCAUGCCGGGUUAAUUGAUGAAGGUGUAAAGUUUUUCAGUCAGAUGAGAUCAAAGUACGGAAUCAAGCCUAGUAUUGAACACUACUCGUGCUUGAUUGACAUUCUUGGCCGAGCAGGUCGGUUGCUUGAAGCUUAUGUAAUUCUUGAAGAGAAACCAGAGACAAGAGACAAUGCAGAGCUUCUCAGUACUCUUUUCUCUGCUUGUUGCUUGCACCGGGAUCAUUCAUUGGGAGAUAGAAUCGCAAGAUUGCUUAUGGAGAAAUAUCCAGAUGAUGCAUCUACCUAUACUGUCUUGUAUAAUUUGUAUGCCUCUUGUGAGUCAUGGGAUGCAGCAAGGCGGGUUAGAUUGAAAAUGAAAGAAGUGGGACUGAUGAAGAAACCUGGCUGUAGUUGGAUUGAGAUGGAUGAAAAAGUUUGCCAUUUCUUUGCUGAUGACAAGUCUCAUCCACAAGCUGAGAAUGUUUGUGAAUGUCUUACCCGUUUAAGUGGCCACAUUGAAGCUGGUCAAUGAUUCUUACUGUGUUGCAUCCGUUCCAAGAAGACAGCAUCACAGGCUAAUGUCCAAGUAACACAAAUGCUGGUUUGGUAGCAAAGUAAUGCACUCAGAGCGUUUGAAUAUUGGUUUCACAUGACAUUCAAGAGUAAAGUCUUUCAAAGCUCAACCUAAACUCAAAGGCUUCAUGCAACAUCAUCUAUCUGACCCUUCUCGAUUGCUUCACAUUCGUGCUGCUUAUUGUGGUUCAAGACUCGAAGAAGAUGUACAUAGAGACAUUUUAUACAUUGUGAUAAAGUACCCAUGUAUAGGGUUUUUAGGCAAAUUUUAAUUAAAUUUUGUAAUUAAAUUAAUUAUUAUGAACCUCUUAUGAAUGUUUUUUUCUUACGCCUCCAAUGGUGAA